AUGCCACUAGUACCAGGGUAUAGCUAUCCAACUGAAGAUCUUCAACCUUUACUAGACUUGCUCAGAGAUUGGGGAUUGGAAUGCGUUUAUCAAACAUUGCUUGCUGAUUUAAUAGAUCUGAACGUGAUGAAAUUGUUAAAAGAUGAUGAUUGUAAAGAAUUAUUGAAUAAAUUUUCAUUAGGAAUUCGAGUUAAGUUCAUUAAUAAUUUGGAAAUAUGGAAAAAAUGUUUACCUCAAAAUGGAAAUAUGACUACUACAAUUUCAUAUAAUACUCCUACCACAAAAACAUUUCAUCAACAAAAAUCUUUAGUUCAUGAUAUUGAUUUGGGUGUUAUAUUGAACGCAUCAACUACUGGUGGAAUGAUAUUGGAAUAUUAUAAAACUAACAAUAGGUUUAAUGAUAAUAUUAGAUCAUUAUUAGUAGAUGCCAUCAUUACCAAAAAAAUUACCAUGUCGGUCAACCUUGCUGAUUUCAUUGGUGAUCAAAUAAUUUCUAUGUUUCCAUCAGAAGUAAAAGAUACAUAUUUUAUGAAGUACGAAUCAAACAAGAAUCCAAAAGGAAAACUCUACUCGAAGUUUUAUAAUUCUAUGAGGUUUUUAAAAUCAACUGGUCUUGUCACAUCAAAUGUAAAAAAUGUUGAUAAGCCUAUUAGUCGCAAACAUUGUAUAGAUUUUGAACCAGAAAAAGACAUCAGUUACAUUGUGGAUCAAAUUAAAAAUGACACAAAUUGUACAUUUCCGGAAGUUGAACGUAAUUGGAAAGCAACAACAAAAUUUAGGUUAAACGAAAUUCAAAAAGCAACUUCAACAAGUGACAUAAUUAGCGACUGGAAUAGUUUUAAAUUACCUCUUGGAUACCGACUUGUUGAUAUUGACUUCAAAAAAUUAUAUCCAGACUGUCAGGACUUGAUGACCACAUUUGAGGAAAAAUCCAAACAAAUAAUGAACUUGAUUGAUGAGAAAAUCAAAGAUUCUUCAAGUCGCAAAUUAUUAGAAAGUAUAAAGGAUACUCCAGACAUAAGUCAAAAUGAAACAAAUACUGUUAUGUUUUAUUUAUUACAUGCCAUUUUUGUGCCGACAUCUAAAAAAGUCACCAGAGAUCAUAAUGGCAAAAUAAACCAAGUGAAACACUCUAUUAAAGAUUCACAAAAUAGCUUCAUGAUUUUUAAGAAUUCGGUUUGUGAAAUUGAGGAAUACAUCACUCUACGGCGCAAUGAAAACAAUCCUAUUCAACCGUUUAUCUUAAUAGUUGGUUCACCAAUACAUCCAAAAGAAACAAUUGUUUUCUUUGAUUCUAUAAAAUAUAAAGUGUUCUCAAUAAUUAAUGCGAUUGAUGUAUGUUUCAAAUUGAUUCAUUUGUUUAACUUGGAACAAAAUUAA